AUAAUUGCAGGUCAACAUACUCGGAGCCUGGAAGCCAUCCAACCCCCCACUGGAAGCGGCAGCCAGGGGUCGCCGUCCUCCUGGAGGCGCAGGCCAUCGACAUCCAGAUCUCGUCUCCGCUCUCCGCUCACCGGUCGGCCGGCCGGCCGGCCGACUGCCGCGUGAAUGCUCUUAUUUAAAGAGCACUGCACCAUAUUACGUAUCUGCAAAUGGAGUACGAAAUUAGUACUGGACACAAUGCUCUGGAGCGCAUGUUAAUUGAUGGAAGUGCGGAGCCAAUGGAUCUGCCGUUAUCACUUUUACAAGACAUCACAAAUUGUUUCUCUGACGAUCAGCAAAUCGGCAGUGGCGGGUUUGCAGUGGUCUAUAAGGGAAUGGUCGGAAAUGAGAUAGUUGCUGUGAAGAGGCUAUCCAGGAAUAUGCAUGAGAGUAAAUUCCACAAAGAGGUCGAGUGCUUGAUGAAGGCCAAGCACAAAAACAUAGUGCGUUUUCUAGGAUAUUGUUCUGACACGCAAGGGAAAAUUAUGGACUAUGAGGGGAAGAUGGUCAUGGCGGAUAUACGAAAUUGGUUGCUCUGUUUUGAGUAUGUACCCAACGGCAGUCUUGAUAAGUAUAUUACUGAUGCAUCUCAUGGACUUGAAUGGAGGGAGCGUUUUGAGAUAAUUAAGGGAACAUGUGACGGUCUAUGUCAUCUUCAUGAGAAGCGCAUUUUGCACUUAGAUUUGAAACCCGCUAAUAUUCUAAUAGAUGAUCACAUGGUACCCAAAAUUGCUGAUUUUGGCCUUACAAGGUGCCUCGAGAAAGAGCAAACCCACGUUUUUACUUCAAACCUUUGUGGAUCACUCGGAUAUUUGGCACCUGAGUUCUAUAGUGGGCAAGUCACAUUUGCAUCGGACAUAUAUAGUCUUGGCGUUAUAAUCCUGGAGAUAAUGACUGGACAAAAGGGUUACUCCGAAGAUAAGAAUGGGCUGGCGAGGUCAACAAUACGUCCGACGGUGUGCACAGAGUCAGUUCCACCUGAAGGGAACACUUCUCUACGGCCACAAGGUUCUCAUUCAAACACCACUCUGGGCUACACAGAGAACUACACACGCAGAGGAGGCCCCGAAGGGAUUACAUAAGCUAAAGAAAAUUAUCUUCUAACUACCUUCUUGAGCCUUACAAUGCUCUGGAUACUGUGACUCUUAUUGCAUGAUGAGGCGAGAGAGCAGCUCUGUGGAUGGCUUCCGGGAGAAUGCACCUCUUUAUUUUAUAUUUGGUAGGAUGCAUGCGUGACUUUCUAGGGUAUUGAUAAGAGCGAGAGAUAGUGCCCCGACAAACUUCAAUCUUCAGGAAUCUUUCAAGUCAUUGCUUUUUUCAUGUGGGCAUUGUCUCUUGGUGAAUAAUUGGCUGGCUCUUCUUUUCAUCUUCGCUUUUCAGCGAUGCAAAUCUUCAUGCCUUCAGAUAGAUUGCUUCUCCUUCAGGAAUCCUUGUGCCAGUGUAUGCGUACAUACAUGCCAAGGUUGUUUAAAUAUUCAACAUUGCUUAUUCAUUUAUUUUUAAAUUUUUUUAUAAGGGGUCUUCCCUGCCCAUAUGAUUGAUGAUAAUACCUUAUCAAUAUUUAAAAUAUCUAUUUUUAGAAUGUCUAUCAAUAUUCGGGUCGGGUAUAGGUCCUCCGCGCCCGAAUAAUUGAUAGCAAUAUCAAUAUAUGCAGUUUGGACUUUAUUCAGGCCGCUGCCCAUGCCCUGCUAUGUCCAUAUGAUCAUCAUCGUUUAACCUAUUGAAAUCAUAUUUUUGAUCACAUUCUUUCUUUAUUUCUUCAAAUUUUUCAUCCAUUUCAUGCCUUAAUUCUUUUAAUAUUUCUUCUUUUAAUUCUUUCUUUAUUAUUUUUGAAAAUUAUUCAAAUCUUUUAUCCAUUUCUUGAUUUAUGUAUUCAUUGUCUAAAGGGUCAAGUACCUUUAGAAGGCAUUCUUGAUAUGUUUGAUAUUUUGAAGACUCUUCUUUCUUUAUAUUUUUUGAGCUUGAUGCCUCCCCCUUUGUAGGAGUUGGUGAAGUAGGUAUGCCUCUUCUCAUUUGGGGUCUUUAGCCUUUGGGUCAAUAUAAUUAUUUGGUCCGAAUACCUUUCUUGCCCAAAAUAAGGCAUCAUUUAUACUAUAAUAUCUUUUGAACGUUAAAUCUUCUCCUUUUCUUUUUGCAUUUAAUUUCUCAAUCAUAACGUUUUUCCAUUCUAAAUAUAUACCGGGUUUAUUUCCAUCAAAUAUAAUAUAUAAUGUUUCUCCUUUUGGUAUUUCAAUCUUUUUUGGCUUUGGUAGAUUUUUGUUUAAUUCGUUAAAAUAUUCUGCCAAGCUAUUGAUAUAUAAUCGUUAAAAGAGAUGAAAGAGGAUAUUUGUUAUCAAUUCUCAAUAGCUUGGCAGAAUAUUUUAACGAAUUAAACAGAAAUUUGCCAAAGCCAGAAAAGAUUGAAAUACCAAAAAGAGAAACAUUAUAUAUUAUAUUUGAUGGAAAUAAACCCGGCAUAUAUUUGGAAUGGGAAAACAUUAUGAUUGAGAAAUUAGAUGCAAAAAGAAAAGAAGAAGAUUUAACAUUCAAAAUAUAUUAUAGUAUAAAUGAUGCCUUAUUUUGGGCAAGAAAGUUAUUCGGACCAGAUGAUUAUAUUGACACAAAGGCUAAAGACUACAUCCAAAUGAGAAAAGGCAUACCUACUUCACCAACUCCUACAAAGGGGGAGGCAUCAAGCUCGAAAAAUAUAAAGAAUGAAGAGUCUCCAAAAUAUCAAACAUAUCAAGAAUGCCUUCUAAAGGGACUUGACCCUUUAAACAGUGAAUACAUGGAUCAAUAAAUGGAUAAAAGAUUUGAAGAAUUUUCAAAAUAAUAAAGAAAUAUUAAAAGAAUUAAGGCAUUAAAAGGAUGAAAAAUUUGAAAAAAUAAAGAAAGAAUGCGAUCAAAAAUAUGAUUUCAAUCUGUUAAACGACGAUGAUCAUAUGGACAUAGCAGGGCAUGGACAGCGGCCUGAAUAAAGCCCAAGCUGCAUAUAUUAAUAUUGCUAUCAAUUAUUCGGGCGUGGAGGACCUAUACCCGACCCGAAUAUUGAUAGAAAUUCUAAAAAUAGAUAUUUUAAAUAUUGAUAAGGUAUUAUCAUCAAUCAUAUGGGCAGGGAAGACACCAUGUAAAAAAAUAAAAAUAAAUGAAUAAGCAAUGUUGAAUAUUUAAGCAGCCUUGGCAUGUAUGUACGCAUAUACUGGCACAAGGAUUCCUGAAGGAGAAGCAAUCUAUCUGAAGGCAUGAAGAUUUGCAUCGCUGAAAAGCGAAGAUGAAAAGAAGAGCCAGCCAAUUAUUCACCGAGAGACAAUGCCCACGUGAAAAAAGCAAUGACUUGAAAGAUUCCUGAAGAUUGAAGUUUGUCGGGGCACAAUCUCUCGCCUAUAAAAGGAGGCGUUUGCUGCGAAGAGAGACACCAGAUGGAGAAGAACCACCAGCCACCGAUAGAGCAAAGAGAUGCGACCCAGCUAGCAAGCUCGUUGCUCAGCAGCAGCAGCAGCAGUAGUAGUAGUAGUGGUAGUUCCUCAUCCUGCAAUAAGAGUCACAAUAUCUAGAGUAUUGUAAGGCUCAAGAAGGUAGUUAGAAGGUAAUUUUCUUUAGCUUGUGUAAUCCCUUCGGGGCCUCCCGAAAGGGAAAUCCAUAUGUAAGUUAUGUUGUGAAAAUAAUGUAGUUUCUUGGUUUCACUUGGUAUUUUUAUUUAUGAAUUUAUGGGA